AGGGUGGGCCUUCCGGGCGUGUGUUUCCGGCGUCGGCGGCCUCGGCCGGGGACGGUGUGAGAGCGGUAAGAUGGCGGCUGCGGCGGUGGUGGAGUUCCAGAGAGCCCAGUCUCUACUCAGCACCGACCGGGAGGCCUCAAUCGACAUCCUCCACUCCAUCGUGAAGCGUGACAUUCAGGAGAAUGAUGAGGAGGCAGUGCAGGUCAAAGAGCAGAGCAUCCUGGAACUGGGGUCUCUCCUGGCGAAGACUGGACAAGCUGCAGAGCUUGGAGGACUGCUGAAGUAUGUGCGACCCUUCUUGAAUUCCAUCAGCAAGGCUAAAGCAGCUCGUCUGGUCCGAUCUCUUCUUGAUCUGUUUCUUGAUAUGGAAGCAGCUACAGGACAGGAGGUCGAGUUGUGUUUAGAGUGCAUCGAAUGGGCCAAAUCAGAGAAGAGAACUUUCUUACGCCAAGCUUUGGAGGCAAGACUGGUGUCUUUGUACUUUGAUACCAAGAGGUACCAGGAAGCAUUGCAUUUGGGUUCUCAGUUGCUGCGGGAGUUGAAAAAGAUGGAUGACAAAGCCCUUUUGGUGGAAGUACAGCUAUUAGAAAGCAAAACAUACCAUGCCCUGAGCAACCUGCCAAAAGCCCGAGCUGCCUUAACCUCUGCUCGAACCACAGCAAAUGCCAUUUACUGCCCCCCUAAAUUGCAGGCCACCUUGGAUAUGCAGUCAGGUAUUAUCCAUGCAGCAGAGGAGAAGGAUUGGAAAACUGCAUACUCAUAUUUCUAUGAGGCAUUUGAGGGUUAUGACUCCAUCGAUAGCCCCAAGGCCAUCACAUCUCUGAAGUACAUGUUGCUGUGCAAAAUCAUGCUCAACACCCCAGAAGAUGUCCAGGCCUUGGUGAGCGGGAAGCUUGCACUUCGGUAUGCGGGGAGGCAGACAGAAGCAUUAAAAUGUGUGGCUCAGGCUAGCAAGAACAGAUCACUGGCAGAUUUUGAAAAGGCUCUAACAGAUUACCGGGCAGAGCUCCGGGAUGACCCAAUCAUCAGCACACACUUGGCCAAGUUGUAUGAUAACUUGCUGGAACAGAAUCUGAUCCGAGUCAUUGAGCCUUUUUCCCGAGUACAGAUCGAACACAUAUCUAGCCUCAUCAAACUCUCCAAGGCCGACGUGGAAAGGAAAUUAUCACAGAUGAUUCUUGACAAGAAAUUUCAUGGGAUCUUGGACCAGGGGGAGGGUGUCUUGAUUAUUUUUGAUGAACCCCCAGUAGAUAAAACUUACGAAGCUGCUCUGGAAACAAUUCAGAACAUGAGUAAAGUAGUGGAUUCCCUCUACAACAAAGCCAAGAAACUGACAUAGGUGAGUGCUGACUCCGGGACCCGGGCCCGGGCAGCGCUGUCUUCUGCCUGUCGAGACUGAAAGCCUCCUGGUGGCCUUGCGGCUUCCCCGAUUGACACUGCUCUGUCUUCUCUUGCAGAGUUGGAUCUGUAGCGGUCCUUUGGAGAGUGUGUGUGGCGGGAGAGUGAAACCUUUGGGGAAAAUGCUAGGAGAUUUUUUCUUUCUGUUCUACUUUUCGCUCAGAAAGUUUUUAAAUCCUCAUUUGGUGCAUCUGUAUUCCAGCCGAUAGGUGUGCCAGUUUUCAUGUAAUCUUUACUGGCCCAACUUGGGAGUGGGGAAAUUGCUUAAAAAAAGAAAAAAAAGAAAAAAAAAGGUUAUUCUAAAUAAAAGGAAAAAGGCUUACACUACCUAAAGCUGUGCUCUCUGCCUCCUGGGAGAGGGCCGCCAAGCCAGGCGCUCCGCCAGCCACUGGGGCUCCUAACCCACCCGCUGGGUGUCACCUCACCUCCUCUUCAGAAUUGGGUGUUCGCCUGACUAUCAAAGCAACGACUUUUUAUUCUGUUUGUACUGAACCAAAACAAACAACUGUGUAUAGACUGCUAUUUUCCUUUUUAUUUGAAAUGAGGCGUUUCGGUGUCCUUUCCCCUGCCAUGUGGCCCAUCCCCCCGCCCUCCCCCCAACAAUGGCUCCAGCAGACUGGCCGAAGGUCCCGCCGCCGCCACCGCCGCAGCAGCACCUGCACGGCUCCGCUCCAACCUGGGAAGGAAUGGGGACAUGGCCAGGAGCUAGUGUCACCAUGGCCACACAGGGAGCAGUGUGGGCCCUCAGGGGGCCUGCUGUGCAUGUGGCUCUUUUUAACACAGUAAACUAGAUUAGAUGUCAGUGUUUUAAUUGCCCCUCUCCUCUGCUCUUUUCUCUCUCCCCCUCUUUCCCCUUCUCUCAACCAGGAGACCAUCCCAUGUCUCUUCCUUCCUCCUUCCCCCCUCCAGGGGAGCCAGGCUGUCUGAAAUACUUCAGCUUCUCUCCCCAUCCCCCUGCUUCUCUCCUGCUGUCAGAUGGAUUUAUUCCUUUUUUAAACAGUGAACAUCGGAAAUGAGACUGUGGGGUGUGUUGUUGUUUGUUUUUUUUUUUUUCCUCCCAAUUUUUGUUGUUGGGUUUUUGAGCAACCUCAUGUCCCCUUCCCAGGGAGCUUUCUUUAUUUACCUCUUAGAAAUGGAACGGAUGGGAGGUAGAGCACUGUACUCCAGCAUGCUUUGUUUUAUGAUGAGAUUACAUAGCAAGGCUUUUAAUGCCAUUUGGGCAGGUAAGCUUCUGCACCUCUGUUGUGCUCAGCUAUAUUUUCUUCUUCCUCUCAUUCUUCUUUGUCUUCUUUUUUCCUCUCCCCCUCCUCCUGCCUCCUUCCUGCCUCCUUCCUGCUGGCCUCCUUGUAUCUUUCUUUCCCUUUGUCAGAUUAUCCUUCCAGGUUUUCGUAAUAAAUUUAUAUUUUGUAAAAGGAUUUUGUUGUACCAGGUUUUGCAUCCUCACUGAAUCUGACUGGCUUUUAUUUUCCUCUCCAAAAUCAGGUUUUUGUUCUCAACAUCUUUCCCCAUCAUGUCCAGUCACUGUUUUGGUUUUGGCACCAUCAAUAUCAAAUGUACAAACGGUUCUUGCUAACCAACACCAGGUAUAUCUGAUGUUCAGAUGAGUUCCAAUAAAAACAAUUUUUUUUUCAAAAA